AUGCGACUUGGCCUCGAGUCAACGUGCGAUACUGUACAGACCUCUACUGUGCGUCCGGAGACUAUCAUAUCGUCUCGCUCAUCUGCCUGUAGUCCCAUUGUCGUCGACGAUGACGACACGUACGACUCGACUGUCGACGACACAAAGCCCCAAUUCGCUCGCGCCCAUUACGAUAUUGACCGACCAUCACUCUUAAACUUUACAGUUAAGAACGUUCGUAACGGCCGUACCAGUUCGAAUACGAACAAUGAGCCUGCAGGUGGUACACGACAAAACGAAGAGCCACUACAGUUGGAGAGCAUCAGCGAAAGAAGCUUCAAACACGACACAAAGGGCAUGAGCACUAACAAAUCGCCCGAGCUGCUUCCGAAACAGAACCACCUCAGCUUUCUCUUCAGUGUGAACACCGACGCUGCACGUACACAGCAGCAGCACAGAAGAGAUCGCGCCGUCGCUGCCCGUUCAAGCCGCAACAGCAGUCGUCAGACGACAAGGGAGCGACGAAACGUCAUCGUAGCUACUCGAACGAGCGUUUGUGGUGAGAGGUUUGACCGCAGCGAGCUGGAGUUCCGCAGGGAUCGAGUGCAGGUGACGAUCUGGAAGAGGGACGAGCGACAGUGGCAAGGCGAUGUCAAGUUCGCGCACAUUCGACGCUUUUGUUUCUCUCAAGCGGAUGGUCCACCAUUUAUCCUGCUGUUACAGCUUGACAACGCGAACGGCCGAUCAAGCUUUGCUCAUUUCUACGACCCGUUUUUUGCCAAAGUCUGGAAAGAGCACGAUACGAAAGAGCAAGCGGCAUUGAGAAUGUAUGGCGUUGUCUUUUAUUUUGACGAAGCGAUCGACUACAUGCGCUGUCAAAGUAUGGCUGAUGGCAAUCCGAGCCUGUCACGCUUUUUCAGUGUGAAAUUGUCAGAGGAUGAACGACGAACAUACUUGAGUUUAGACGCGUCGAAGCUAUUGCGUCACUGGCACAGCAGCGAGAUAAACGCCAGCAUAUCCACUGAUGCUCGGAACCAAAGUUUCGCGGAGUUGGUUGGCAAAGGUGCCAAACAGGCUCUUGGUAGUAUGACUUCCUUCUUUCGUCCUGUCGCUCGCUCAUCUGUCUUGGAAGACGACGAUAGUGUAUCUGUCGCUCGGGGCCGUGAUGGCCAUAGUCAAGGUGGGAUGCUACAUUUGUCGCGACGCAACACCGAUGUAUGCUCUUCUCAUCUCGAUGAGGAAAAGUUGCCAGUGCCAGUUGACGUAAAUGGCACUGACAAGCGAGAUCGUGGACUAGAUGUUGAUAACACUGAUGCUCUUGCGGUCAGUACAGCAUGCGGCACGUUCGGCAGUGAACAAACCUUGAUAACCACGUUGUCAUCUCACCUGCAGCACGAUAUGAAGCAGAGCAAAAAAGUGGAAAGUAAGACAAGAGAAGCAGAAAGUUGUCGGGAAACUGAAAGGUUGAAACGGAGAAGGAUUGAAAGUCGUCGCGAUGAGGUUCUGCUCGAAUACCCGUACGAUGGAUCAGAUACGCUGGGAAAGAUUCGGGUGACGCUCGGCGAUGUAGACCGACUUCUUCCUGGGGAGUUUCUGAACGACAAUCUGAUCGAUUUCUAUCUCAGAUUUCUUUGGCGGCACUUGGACUCGCUGCAGCAGCAGCAAAUGUAUUUUUUCACCUCACACUUUUUUUCUCAAUUAAAUGGCACUAAUGGUGCCCACGAAUUAUCUACAGCUGCUCCGGAUGAACGCUUCGCUCGAGUGGCUCGCUGGACACACAAGGAGACAAAUCUAUUUGAUAAGCGGUUUUUAUUUAUUCCCAUUAACGACAGUUUCCAUUGGAGUAUUGCCAUUAUUUGUAACCCAGGCUCCGCUAUAAUUAAAAAGCAUCAUAAGGUAAAGCGUUGUCACCGAGGGAUCAAGGGAGCACCAAAUUCGGGUCAAGAAAGGUCGUUGGUGGAUUUGGUGAACGGUAGCAGUGAGAUUGAUGUGGGUCGUGAGAGCUCAGGCGUCGGAAGUGCCGACUACAGCAUUGUUUCCAGCGAGUUCGUAGAAGAGGAGUUACAGUCGUGUCAAGCUGAUCGGCUGGCGUAUCCUCCUUGCCUCUUGUUUCUGGAUUCUCUUCGGUGCCAUCGAAAGAAGAAGUUUUCGAAAAUGCUGCGAAACUAUUUGGAGUGUGAAUAUAAAGCCCGUUUUGCUUCCAGCUCUACUGACGCCAUUUCGCAACGAGGAAGCAUGGUUGGUGCUGAUAUGGAUAACGAGCAGGACCGUGUCAUCACGGUUUUUGAUCCGGACAGCAUUGUUCUGCAUGAACCGAAUAUCCCGCUGCAGACGAACAGCUCAGACUGCGGAGUUUUUCUUCUUAUGUACGCGGUCUUAGUGGUGCGUCUAUUUCCGUUUGGAGUGACUCGUGCAGACCUGGAGAGCAACAUGGCGUCGACGUUAACACCGAACAUGUUCUGCGAAGAGCAUGUUCUGGAGUUCCGGGAGUACCUGCAGCAAGUACUCUUUUGUCUGCAACUUCUGGAAAAACACGGACGUCCAGAGCAAAGUAUAAAGGAUGAGGGGCUUGAGUCGUUUGCCAUCGAGUAA